AUGAAUUCUUAUUUAUUUAUUUUAGUUGCUGCUCAAUCGAGAACACAAACAUCGAUUUAUUCUCUACCUUUUUAUUCAUCACCUACAGGUUAUAAAAUGUGUCUUCGACUUUAUUUGAAUGGUGAUGGAACUGCUCAGCAUACACAUAUAUCAUUAUUUUUUGUUCUUAUGCGUGGUGAAUAUGAUGCUAUUCUCACAUUUCCAUUCUGUUUCAAAGUGAUAUUUUGUCUUUAUGAUCAAACUGAUCAACAAAAUCAUAUUAUUGAAUCAUUUCGACCUGAUGUUAGAUCAAAUUGUUUUCAACGACCACGUUCGGAUAUGAAUAUUGCCAGUGGUAUACCAAAAUUUGCUCCUUUAACAAUAUUUCAACAAGCGAAUAAUCCAUAUGUUCUUAAUGAUAUCAUGUUCAUUAAAGUUAUAAUCGAUUUUAAUAAUACGCCAAACACAAUAUUACCUUAUGUGUUUAGUCUAAGUUCAGGAUUAACGACUCAAAUUAAGCAAACAAUGAUACAACACGAAAUUGAAAAAAAACAACAAGAACAAGAAGUAUCUAAUUCUUCAACAAUGAAUAUUGAGACAGAUAAAUCGAUCACUAUAGAUUGA